UGCGUGUCUGGAGCCCGUGACGUCAUCACCGCGCUGUUUGUUCUUCUCCGGAUCAGAGCUCGAGCUGUCAGCGUACACAAUCGAGACCGGGAAAAACAACAACAAACGAGUCCGUAAACAAACCGCGCACAGUUUUUGUAACGACAGGCUCUCGGUGCAACGGUUCGCGACCCUCUCGACGCUUUUAACUCCGUGAGUGAGGAGCUGCAGCGGUGGAAACACGCGUGGAAGUCAAACAUGGCGGGACUGAUGAACGGAUUCGGUUGCUUCACGCACGCCGUGGUUCGCGGGAUCCCGCAGUCUUUGGCGAGAGAAGCGCUCAGGAGCGGCAGUCUGGAGGUGGACCUGCUCAAAGCGCAGGAGGAACACGAUGAGUACGUGUCGGUCCUGAAGCACCGGCUCGGGCUGGAGGUGAUCGAGCUGCCCGCGGAUGAGACGCUGCCGGACUGCGUGUUUGUGGAGGAUGCUGCGGUGGUGUGCGGUGACACGGCGCUCAUCACCAGACCCGGAGCUGAAAGUAGACGAAAAGAGACGGAAGCCAUGAAGAAAGCAUUGAUUGAGCUCGACCUGAACAUUGUCGAGAUGGCCGAUGAAUCCGCCACGCUGGACGGAGGAGACGUCCUGUUCACAGGUCGCGAGUUUUUCGUGGGAUUAUCCAAGAGGACCAAUCAGAGAGGAGCAGAGAUUCUGGCCGACACGUUUAAGGACUAUGCCGUGUCCACGAUCCCGGUUCUGGACAGACUCCAUCUGAAGAGUUUCUGCAGCAUGGCCGGACCGGGUCUCAUCGCGAUCGGCUCGAGCGAACCCGCCCAGAAAGUCUUAAAGAUUCAAAAGAACCAGUUCAUAAGAGUCACUGGUAGUGCUGUGUAUUUCACACUAGAGGUCGACCAAUAGUGGAUUUCACCGUUACCGAUAACAAUAUAAAAAAUAUAAAAUAUAACUAAUAUUAGAAUUUUUAAUUCAGCUGGUUUUUAAAUUUAGUAGAGCAGCGAUAUUCCCAGAUAGCAGUGGUGUGUGGCUGAACUCGGUGGUGAAGCGGCUCAGAUUAUGAGCACAGGUCAGGGGCUGUUCAAUCAGACGAAACACAAGAGACUGAAACCAAACGCGAGGAUCUCGAGACUGACACACGUUUCCUGACGAAGCAUUUAAACAACCCAUUGCUUAAUCUGAGAAACACUUCUAAGAUACAGACGCAACAGCCAGAGACGUCCACCAACUGUAAGGGGCUGUUCACACCGGACACUGUUGCAAUCAUCCAUUAGUUUUUCUAUGUAAACACUCGCUAGACGAACGUCUUUUGUUUCACUUUGUUUUUGUUUAUUCAGCGUCUCGUGCAGGAGUGUGACGAUGUGUCUUAUUAAAAAUAACUUUAAAAGCAUCUUGAGACAUCUUAAAUCUGUUAAACUGUAUUUGUUGCGCUGUGUGUCUAGACCGUUUUAGCAAGAAUGUGAUCGAUCUGAAAUCAUCGUAUUACAGUGAGAAUAAUUAUUUUUAAUCAGAUGUGUUUCUGAACACACACACACACACACGCGCACACACACACACAUAUAAACACACACGCACACACACACACACAUAUAAACACACACACACACA